UUGUUCCCUGUUCCUUGUUCUCGGUUCCCUGGUUCGACGUCGCCUUUCAGGGUGUCUUCGUUGCUUUUUCCUUAGCUGUCCUCCUCCCCCUUACUCUUUUGAGUCGCUUCUCUGCUUGGUCCUCCAAAGAACCAUUGACCCCGGAGCGGCCCAUGUGCGACCUCGGUACAUUUAAAGUUGAAGUUUGCUGCUAAAGAUGGCAGAUCCAGAUGUCCUCACUGAGGUUCCUGCAGCACUGAAGCGGUUGGCCAAGUAUGUGAUCCGGGGGUUUUAUGGCAUCGAGCAUGCUUUGGCCUUGGACAUCUUGAUCCGAAACCCCUGUGUGAAAGAGGAGGACAUGCUGGAGCUGCUCAAGUUCGAUCGGAAGCAACUUAGAUCAGUCUUGAAUAAUUUAAAGGGAGACAAGUUCAUCAAAUGCAGAAUGAGGGUAGAGACUGCUGCAGAUGGGAAAACCACUCGUCAUAACUACUACUUCAUCAAUUAUCGUACUCUUGUUAAUGGUAAAUAUAAAUUGGACCACAUGAGGAGGAGAAUUGAAACCGAUGAGAGAGAUUCCACCAACCGGGCUUCCUUCAAAUGUCCUGUCUGUAGUAGUACUUUUACAGACUUAGAAGCUAAUCAGCUCUUUGAUCCCAUGACAGGAACUUUCCGCUGUACUUUUUGCCAUACAGAGGUAGAAGAAGAUGAAUCAGCAAUGCCCAAAAAAGAUGCACGCACACUUUUGGCAAGGUUUAAUGAACAAAUUGAGCCCAUUUAUGCUUUGCUUCGGGAGACAGAGGAUGUGAACUUGGCCUAUGAAAUACUUGAACCAGAACCCACAGAAAUACCAGCCCUAAAACAGAGCAAGGACCGUGCAGCAACUACUGCUGGAGCUGCUGGCCUGGCAGGUGGGCACCAUCGGGAAGCAUGGGCCACCAAGGGCCCCUCUUAUGAGGACUUAUACACUCAGAAUGUUGUCAUUAACAUGGAUGACCAAGAAGAUCUUCACCGAGCCUCGCUGGAGGGGAAAUCUGCCAAAGAGAGACCUAUUUGGCUAAGAGAGAGCACUGUCCAAGGGGCUUAUACCUCUGAAGAGAUGAAGGAAGGUGGCAUAGAUAUAGACUCAUUUCAGGAGCAUGAGGAAGGCCGUGCAGGGCCAGACGACAAUGAGGAAGUCAUGCGAGCACUGCUCAUUCAUGAGAAGAAGACCCCCUCUGCCGUAGCAGGCUCAGUGGGGGCGGCUGCUCCUGUGACCACUGCCAAUGGUAGUGACUCUGAGAGUGAGACCAGUGAGUCAGAUGACGACUCCCCACCCCGACCGGCAGCUGUGGCUGCACAUCAUGGGGAAGAGGAUGAGGAGGAGGAUGAAUUUGAGGAAGUAGCAGAUGACCCCAUUGUCAUGGUGGCUGGCCGUCCGUUCUCCUACAGCGAAGUGAGCCAGAAGCCAGAGCUGGUGGCCCAGAUGACACCAGAGGAGAAGGAAGCAUACAUAGCAAUGGGACAACGCAUGUUUGAGGACCUCUUUGAGUGAGCUUUCCCUCCUUUUCCUCCUUUCUCUAAUGCUCAUUUCAAAAAAAAAUUCCCUACCUUUGAAGAAAACUAUUUAAGUGGCUUUCUGUCCCUCUUGAUGUAAAGCAGCUUUUAAUCUUGCACAAAGAAUGAUGGGAAAGUUUGAUUUUUAUGCCAGAAACUUCCCCACAAGGUAGGUUGGCUAUAAGCAUUCCCUUCCCUAUUACUACAGUGUUAAUAUUUUGCUGUAUUUCCUCAUCUAAUCUUUUUCCUUUCCUUUUUAAGACACAUUUUCUUUCUUCUGAAAUAAAUGUGUGGAGUCUAUAAAGUAAAUUCUUCCUAUCUGCUUGUAGAAGCCCACUAUGACAUGUUACAGCAAUUCACUGAUCACCUCCUUUUUAUCUAUUCUGACCAAGCAUUCCAAACAGCUCCUGAUAUUGCUACCAACCAAGCAACUUGUCAACAGGCAAAUCAUUGAUGAAGGAAAAAAAAUCUUAAAGCUUCAUAUUGCCUCACGAUCGAGGAUGGAGUCAAUGCUUAAGGGGAGGUGGGAGUGUAUGUGGAAGAGGGACGGCUCUGUCUAAAUAUCUUGAUGUUAUCUAAACAAAAAUUUGUGUCCUUAGAAGUGACUUUACUGAGAGAUUCUAUUAGUUUGCUAAAUGCCUUUUGGUUUGUAUAUGGGAUAAUAGAAAACUGAAAGUGUGUUUGGUAAGCCCUUAGGAAGAAAUUAGAGAAAAAACAUGCACUUAGGAUAAAGAGUCCAUGUAAAGGGUUGAAGAGUGAGGAGCCUUGGGAACAGUACCUUUUAGAAUUGCCUGAGUUUGUGCUGAAUCCUUAUGUAAAACUGAGACCAGUACCCUGCUUUUUCCAUUCUUUCACAGUGCUAUAACUUGUUUAGAGGCCAUUCCAGUAGGAAUCAGCAUAUAACAGUUGAUUACUCCUCUCUCUCUCUCUUUUUUUGUUUUUUUGUUCCUCUCAGCAUCAUUGAGGACCUUCUUUGUCUCUCUUGAGUCUUGUAGGGAUUGUAUUUUAGAGUGCAUCCAGUAUAUUGUCACCUCAAGGAAAAUAGUUUAUUUUUGUUUCUGAUAUGUAGCAUGGUAUUAUUCCCUAAGGCAGAACUUUAAAGAUCUUUCAUACAAGGGUCUAUAACUAUUGUAUUUUUUGUAAUAUUUUCCCUUGCAUUGUAAUUUUUAAGUAUUUAUCAUUUUAUAGUACAUGUGUAAAAUUAAGAUAGAUUUUAGAACAUCUGAGCCUUGUAUAAAGUAAUGUUUCAUUUACCUGGGUUGUAUUACUGACUAUUACAAUAAAUCUAUUUUAUACUGA